AUGUCAGUGAACAUGCGCAGCUACCUGCCCCCGCCAUAUAACGGCAAGGACCACGCGGUGCAGGUCUACGUCACAGGCGUGACUCCAGUGGUGGAUCGCGACAGCACGCUCCAGCAGAAGACAGAACAACUCACGGCAUACUACAAGGGCUGGUACAGCGAGCGGUUCGUCCAGGCCAUGCGGGUCACGACGGACAAACACUUCAACGCGAUGUUCAAGGGGCGCCGGGAGGGAGGCGCGCCUCCGAAGCCGCCGAGCAAUGUCACGCUGAGCAGUAUGGGGGUCGUGGAGAAGUACUUGGCCGGCGAGUGCGGCGGAGGCGCGGUAAAGGUGACAGACUUUCGCUUUGGGGUGAGCAUGAUGACGCGGCAGAUGUUGCUGCAUGUAUGGACUUUUCAAGGGAGAUUGUGUUUGUCGGUCAACUACAACGAGGCAUAUCAAGAAGCUUCGAGCGCUUGA